UCAAGGUGCUGUGAAGUGGGGUGUGUGGUAAUUUAUAAGCAAGUCGACCAUCAUAGGAGCCUGCUGUUGACCACUUCCCUCAAAAAAACAAACCACAACAUGAACACACUCAACCACCACUACCAUCGACUACUACCCAGAACUCAACCACGACUACUACAACUACACUCAUCAGCAGCAGCAGCAGCAGCAGCUCACUACUCCCAAAAGAACACCACAACCACCACCACCACCACCACCACCAACAACAACAGCAGCAACAGCCAACCAGAGACAACCACCAUAAACAACCAAACUAACAACAGAGGCUAUGUCACCCAAUCUAAGAGCUCACUAGCCAAGAUCCUCAACGGACCAGUCCAUCCACUCACACCACCCGAACCACCACCACUACCUCCAAAUAACAACAGCAACCACUAUCAACACCACAAACCCAUCAAGCAAACCAUCCCGAUCAAGAAACCAACAACAACAACUCAAGAUCCUGCUGAGCCACCACCAUUCACGAUCAAACACGACUUCCAACGCAAACUUUUGAAGAUCAACUCCAAACCGUUUGGGAUCACUAACCUCACCAUCCCCUAUCUCUGGCUCAGAGAUUCGUGUCAGGAACCACACUCAGUCGAUCCCCGUACCAAACAGAAAUUGUUCAAGACUUCCGACAUCCCCUUGGACAUCCAUCCCAUCAAAACUACUAUCACCCAUCAUCCCAGCGCCGGCCCUCAACUGACCAUCCAAUGGUCCCAUUCUCUUGAUCAUCAGAAUCAGAAAUCCGCUCAAUCCACUACCUUCGAUCUCGCCUUCCUCAACCAUCUCGAUCAGCCCCAUCAAUGGCAAAACCAGCGACACAAAACUCAGCUCUUGAAGCCUACCCUAUGGUACUCCAAAAAACCAUCGCCUGCUCCCUCUUCUUCUACUUCUUACCUCGAUUUCACUCAUCAUAAGAAGAAUCAUAACAAGAAGAUCAAUCUCUUCCUGGAUCAGUUCCCUGAUCAAGACCAACUCUUCGUGGAUUAUCAAGAGUUUAAAACGGAUGUCAAGCUCCAGAAGGUCGCGUUAGAACGACUGAAUUCGUUAGGAUUGGUGUUCUUUAAGAAUUUGAAUCAGCAGUCUCUUCAAACUAAAGAUUACAAUGAUCAAUUCGAAUUGGAGCGGUUGAUCAAGACCUUUGGGAUCGACAUCCGACGCACUUUUUAUGGCGAUCUGUGGGACGUCAUCAGUCGCGAUCAAGAGGCUACAAAUGUGGCUAAUACUAGUCUAGCCUUGGACUAUCACAUGGACUUACUACAUUUUGAGAAUCCGCCGCGAUUCCAAUUCCUCCAUUGUUUGAAGAACGAAGUGGAGGGUGGCCGGUCAUCGUUCCUGGAUUCGUAUUCGGCGGUGCAAGAGUUACUGGUGCGGGAUCCGGAGAGUUUCCGGGUUCUGACGAGGGAGCUGAUUGGGUUUGAGUACAAGAACGCGAAGCACGAGACGUUCUAUGGCCAUCCGACGAUCGAGCUGAAGCCGCAGACCUCGCUCGACCGCCUGCUCCGUCGGCCCCACGAGCUGCUCGACCAUCUCCUCGCCGUCAACUAUUCGCCCCCCUUCCAGGCCCCCUUCCCUCUCCUCCUCAACGGCCCUGACUCGAUCGAUCAGCUCUUCAAGAGCUUGCGCGCGUUCGUAGAUCUCUUCGAUCAGCGUAAGUUUGGACUCGAUGUCCAGUUGCAACCCGGCCAAGCUGUCGGCUUCGAUAAUCGCAGGAUCCUCCAUGCUCGUACCGCUUUUCAUCCAACUCCUUCCCCCAAUAAUCGGACCUCCUCGACCGACUCUUCCCCCUCUGUUCAUCGAUGGCUCAAAGGUGCUUAUGUUGAUGGCGAUUCGGUCUGGGAUAGAAUCCGGGUCUUGAACUCUUGAUCAGGUUGGGUUGGCAUCUCUCUCUUGACCUAUCAUUGCUUUCGUUUUUGUUUCCCAUCAAUAUUCUCGUCAUCGAUCUAUCUCUUCAGUCGUCUUCGUCUUCUUCUUUUUGUAAAAAAAAAACAAAUUUGCUCGACUCUUCUUUUCCCUAGACUGGACUGGAUCGUCAUCAUCUUCAUCAACUUAUAUUUUCGUCCUUUUGUUUUGGUUCGGAUUAUUAAAGCUACAUAGUCAAACUAAAAUUAUGAUCGUCAAAUCUUGUAUUCGUCUAUAGAGCUCAUCAGUCAGAGACUGGGCUGCUUCAUCUCCCACUCCGGCUUCGUUUUUACCAGCUACACUUUCUCAUCCAUUUCGUCCCUCUUCAUAUAUAAAUAAACAGGACACAUUAUAAUUACAUAAGAAAGUGUUGCAGAUACCUUUACACUCUGCACACUCAUUAUAGAGCAAUUCUGAUGGG